AAUCGUUGUAAUAGAAAAAUUAAAAAAACCCUCUAUACAACUGAUGCACCACGAUUACAACUGUGAUGUGCAACUUGCUAAUGGCUAGUCAAGUAAGAAAGAAGUACUUCAAAAAGUAAAUCAAUUAAUAAUAAAAUUAUAAUCUUACGAUAAAAAUAUGCCUGCUGACAUAUUUGGAUAUGUAUAUGCCGCUACAAUAGCAGCUGGUGGCGUACUUGGUUAUGUAAAAGCGCAAUCAGUUCCUUCUUUGGGUGCUGGGCUUCUUUUUGGAUCUAUUUUGGGUUAUGGAGCUUAUCAAACUUCUCAAGAUCCUAAAAAUAUUGCACUCUCUGUAACAGCAAAUAUAAUUCUUGGUGGCUUUAUGGGUUAUCGUUAUAUGAAUACUCGGAAAAUAAUGCCAGCUGGAAUUGCUGUACUUAGUGGAAUUGCACUGGUAAGAUUAUGUGUCAGGUCCUUCAUUGCAAAUGAUUUACUAGUUAGAGAGACUAAGAACACAUAAAUAAACAUUAUUUUUUGAUAAUUCUCCAAUUUUAUUAAUUUUAUUGUUUAUGGUAUAUAAAAUGUGCAUAUACAUAGCAUGAGUAACCUCUGUCAUGUAAUAGUUGAACAAGAGUAAUAGUAAACUUAUCAAAAAAAGAAGAUAUAAUUAGCUACAAUGGUUGGACAUUUAAGUAAUAAUGUCAAGAAUCUAUGUAUUCGAUGUA